ACCAAUUAACAUGCCAUUGCUAGCUGGUAGAUUCAUAGUGCAUAAACUGUAUAUUUUGGUGCUGCACUUGCUGAGCCCUACAACGCAAACAUCAUUAAGCCUCAAUAUAAACAAAACCAAGUAAAAAUCUCAACCCUUUAUUCAGAUUAUCUGAUCUGUUUUUCACCCUUGUUCAUAAUUACUACUGUAUCUGGUGGCCCCUUCCAAGCACACCUGAGUGUGGCCUCACCAAUAAGGCCAGAAGAUUGUGAGUUCGUAAUCACUCCACUACUUCAUUGUGCUCACAUUUUAAUCUUAGUUUCUCACUAAUCAUGAUUAUUAUAAACAUGUUUCUUCUAUAAAUUUGCUCCCUUGAUGCAAUGUUAAUCAACCAAUGAUCGCACUAGAGAAGGGAUAUAAGGUUAAUGAUGAAGACGACCGUCGCAGUAGUAUUUGUGCUAGGGCUGGCAUUCUUGGAUCUUCAAGUUGGUGCUCAAAGGCUUCUAUUGAAGGAAAUCAAGGCAGAAAAAACUGAUGAUAAGCCUUUGUCUAAUGUGCAGCAGGAUGGUAAACUAGAUGCUGUGAACAAUGCUGGAACUGAUGUUAAGCCGAAUAAUCAACCAGGAAACGUUGGCACCUAUGGUAAUCCAGUGACAGGCUCAGUGCCCGCAGUUGAUACCAAGAAUGAUAACGCAACUAGCAGCCCUUCUACUAGUGACAACAAGGGCAGCACUGACGAUGAGGCCAACAGCAGUUAUGGGAACUAUGGCAAUCCUUCUGGAUCAUCUACUGAUACUCACCAUUCCUUUACCAAUGAUUGCCAGCCUAAGAAAGGUUGUUGAUCAAUCAUGAGUCAAAGCGAUGUAAUUAUAGCAUAUAGAGUGGUCUACACUGCUAAGUUUUUUUAUGGUAUUGAACUGCAAAGUGCUCAUGUUACUCAUGUAAUGUAUAUAUAUGUCAUGGCUAUCUUGCCUCUAGGCCUGCUGCUUCUGUGCUUAAUACUGUGUUUGAAUAAAGGCCAUGACUAGUGUGCUUGUGA